AGCAUCAAUGAAAACAAAUAUAAAACACAAAACACAAUACUAAAAGCUAAAUACUAAUACUAAGUAUACAGGGUGAAAAUAAAGUACAGUGCUGAGUAAAGUAAAGUGCCGAGUUUGCCAUGUUCACGUUUCAUUAUGUUCACACUUACCAGUCUUUACAUACUGUACUAACUCUGUUUAUGUUUACCUAUCCUUAUUUAGUUAUUUGGUUGGUAUCUUCCUGUAUUAAGGAGUCAAAUAACACUGGAUUUUGUUAAUCUGCAAAGGAUUAUGCAAAAGCAAGAAAUACAUUUUGAGCAUUCGUACGAGAUGUUUUGUUUCAAUUCAUGUAACAGGGUGCACAAUAAAGUGUGACUGAAUGAACAUCUGAGGUGUAAAGUCAUCAUUGAAGUAAACCAGAACCCUCUCUUGCUUCUUUUUGGAUAAGGUUGCAGCAAAAUGAUAUCUCAGGCCCCCCUCUCCUCACAUCCUGCUCCGUGAUGGAGCUUCCACCCCCUUCUGUAAACCGGCCCUCCCCUGGGGAGGGGGGGGGGGGACUCUCCUUUGUGCUGGGACUGGAGCAUGGCUCCAUCUGGCACUGGGCACCGGCAGAUUAUAGAUUCUGGGCGGGGUGCGCCUUCCAUUCAGAGCGGAUGGGAGACAUCAAGGAAAUCAUGGAAUUAGUAUCAAGUUUAUAAAUGCAGCUGUGGUCAUAUGGGACGAGUCAGCACUAAAGGCGGAGCACAAUCCAUUUAGGAAGGAAUAGUCAGGGUUAGAAACGGCCUUCAGUCAGUGUAACCAAAAAGAGUAUUGUCCCUUUAAAUCGACCAGCCUCUGUCAGGAUGAGAGGGGGGUAGUGAGCGCCUUGUGUGAAAUGGUACCCUGAAGUGACAUCAUGCUCAGCCAAUCGGGAGCCUCGCCUGAGCUCCGUCCUCCUCCCUGGCUCCGGAGAGGAGUGUGUGGCCGCCGCUGCUGCUGCUGCUGCUGCUGCUGCGGGUGGAGGGUCCAGGGCAUACUUGCCUCACAUCAGAUGACGACGCUUCGCCUCCGAGGCCCGAGCCAGGGAGUCACCGGGGGCCGCGUGACACCAGACGGGGAUGCGUCCUGUUGUUGACGAGACGGGGGAGCAAAGGCCCGUCUGGUCAGCGAUGGCAAAGAGAGAUUACCUGCUGGAGGCGGCCAAGCAGAUCCGCAUGGCGCUGGACAGCGAGGUCAACGAGGACUACGAGGCCGCCUUCAGCUCCUACAAGAACGGGGUGGACUUGCUGCUGAACGGGGUUCAACUGGAUCCGAACAAGGAACGUCGGGAGGCUGUGAAGAGGAAGACGACCCAGUAUCUGAAGAGAGCUGAAGAAAUCUUCAUCACGCAUCUGCAGGACAACCUGGGGAAGGGAAGCUCUCAUUUAGGGGGUUACAGCAGCCUGAGAUUCCGUCCAAUCAGACACUUGAGUUCACCUGUGGAGGAUCUGGAGAUGUGCAAGGUGGUGGGAGUGACUGACAAAGUCCUGAUUGUCCAGAGUAUGGUACACAAGGAGACGUUUGUUGUGAAGAGUCUGGUGAAGUCGAGCUGGGAGAGCAGGGACCGGUCGACCGUUAUUCCUCAGGGCGUGCCGUACAUGGUGAAGCUGCUGCGAUAUUACGUCAGCGAGGACGUCGUGUACCUGCAUCUGGAGCACGUCAAAGGCGGGAGGCUCUUCUCCAAGCUGCACAAGCUGAGGAACGAGAAGGCCAAGGAACACCCGGAAUGCUUCGUUUCUGGCCAACCCAGCAUCAAGCUGAAGACCAGCUACACCUCCCCCACCAUCAGCACAGACUACCAGCGCCACGGCAGAGGGAGCGCGGGAGUCACUCCGGAUCAAACAUGCGACGAGAGCCCGGACACCGACUUCCCCACCUCGUGGGAUGAGACUCAGCGGCGGCUGGACAGCUGCGGGACCCACUCCUACAUCGAGGAGACGGGCUGUCUGCAGAACACGCGCUCCGCGGCGUCGUUCUACACCGAGCUCGAUCGGCUCACUCUGAACCCGCAGGUCGACGCCCGCAUCCAUCCACCGGCUCCCAGCUUGUGUUUGCACUCGGGCGAAACCCGGGAGCAGCCGGCUCUCCCUCUCGCCUGCUCUCGUGUCAGUCAAGCUCUCGAUGUCAUGUCCGAACUGCGGAAGGAUAAAGCGGCGUUGGGACUGACGGAGUGCAGCUCGGAGUUCGAAGUGGCUUGGAAAGUUGCGGAUCCAGUUCAUAACAGCGUACAAAUGAACCCCUACGCAGUGACCGGCGGUCAUCUCAACAGCCCGCUUGGACAAACUCCACCUCACACAAAUCAGGGAAACCGUGAAACUAACGGUUUGAGUUCAUCCCCGGCCAUUUUGCAUCUUCCUCUCCAUUGCCAAACCCAGAUCUGUGGCAAGGCAUCGUGGGAGACCAAAGGCUCGCACCGAGGAUCUGUUUUGACGGGGAACUCUGCAGAUGUGGCGACGGACUCGAAGAGAGACGGCAGCAGUCCCACCACAGAGGAGAGGAACGGCAUGGUGGUCGUCAGGAGCACAGACAGAGCCGUGUUCUCUGACCACACGGACGUCUCAGAGACUUCUGGCCCUUUCUCCGCUUCCCGCGGCGUUGCAGGGAAACGGGGGCCGUUUUCAGGGAUCGCCUCGGCCCUCUCAGAGGUGUACAAAGGGGAGACGUGUUCCAGUGAGACGAUGGAGGGUGUGGAGGAGGCCUGCGAAUUGCUUUGUCCCGGAGAGGUGGCAUUGGGAAAAGAGCACUCGUUUGUGGGCUGGUUGUCCUCCAGCGCCACCGGCGCCUCGUCCCACGUGAGGGACGAGGCGCCGGAUGAUUUCUUUAAAUCGGAAGAAUCGGAGGGGCAGGGGGACGACCAGAUCAUCGAGGUGGAUGGCUGGUGCCACCUGCCUCGGUUCCCCGGGAAGUCCUCCACGUCUACGGGUAAGGCCGUGCCGACCUGCUGGGGGCUUCCGGAGGCAGAGGUGCGUGUCUGGGGGGCUCAGAUUCUGCUGGCCCUGGAAAGUCUUCAUCAGCAAGGCAUCCGGUGUCGGGACCUCAACCCGAAAAACGUUCUGCUCACUAGCAACGGAAAGGUGUGUUUGACUUUUUUCGGACAGUGGAGUGAGGUCCAGUCAGAGAUCAGCUCCAAAGCCAUGGAACAGAUGUACUGUGCGCCAGAAAUCGGUGGUGUGUCCAGGGUGACGGAGGCCUGUGAUUGGUGGAGCCUUGGGGCUUUGUUGUUUGAACUCUUAACAGGAAUGCCGCUGUGGCAGCUCCAUCCAGCAGGAAUCCUUUCUCACACCCAGCUGGUCAUCCCCAACCACCUGAGCGCCGCGGCUGCGUCUCUGCUCACAGAGUUGCUUCAGUUUGACGCCGGCUAUCGCUUGGGCUGUGGAGGCGGAGGCGUGAGCGACAUCAAGUGUCAUCCCUUCUUCAGCAGCGUCUCCUGGAAGGCGUUGAGCUGCUAGCGGGGGCCGCUGCCUCACCUCUGACCCCUGUGUUCUGCAUGCGAGCUGAGCAGCGACUCCUCGUGUGGCCAGAGUGGGAACAGCACCAACCAGAGCCUGGUUCUCUUUGUUUCACAAAGAAAAAUGACAAUAAAAACAGAAUGUCGCAUCCAAAAUAUGAAAUUAAUUUAUUAUUUUACUUUGGGGACUCGUGAUUGCAAUUUUAGUACCGUUGAUGCAAUUUGGGAAUAUUUACAUUUGUCAGUAUCCAUGCAUCACCAUGCAUGAAAAAACUGACAACGUAUUAGAGUAAAUUCUGACAAUUACAAAUGUUCGGACUGUCCACCAUUACAUUCUGUAAAAUAACAAGAAUAUCAGGCAAUAAAUUGUUACUUCUU